CGCCGAGGGGAGCCGUUAGGGGGUGUGUCCACCCCUUGCGGAGAGAGGUGUGUUUGUGAGGUCAGAGGACCGGCGGUGCCAUCUGUGGCUGGGGGGGGACUGCGGAGGCUGCGACGUCCCGCAUCCCGGGCUCUUCAGGUACCUUAUUUUCGUCAUGGUGGUGGCCACGCUCAUUGUCAUGAAUUGCGUCAUCGUGCUCAACGUGUCUUUGCGGACGCCCACCACUCACGCCACGUCCCCGCGGCUGCGCCACGUUUUGUUGGAGCUGCUGCCGAGCCUCCUGGGCUCGGGCUCGCCCCCCGAGACCCCGCGGGCCGCGGCGCCCCCUAGACGGGCGUCGUCCGUGGGCAUACUGCUCCGCGCGGAGGAGCUGAUACUGAAAAAGCCGCGCAGCGAGCUCGUGUUUGAGGGGCAGAGGCACCGGCACGGGACCUGGACCGCAGCCCUCUGCCGGAGCCUGGGCGCCGCCGCCCCCGAGAUCCGCUGCUGUGUGGACGCCGUGAACUUCGUGGCUGAGAACAAGCGAAACCAGGAGGCCGCUGGCGAGGAGGUGUCCGACUGGGUGCGCAUGGGGAAGGCCCUGGACAACGUCUGCUUCUGGGCUGCUCUGGUGCUCUUCAGCGUCGGCUCUUGCCUCAUCUUCCUCGGUGGCUACUUCAACCAAGUGCCUGAUCUCCCUUACCCGCCUUGUAUCUGACCAGAGUCCACACCGACCCCGAGUUCCCCACCUUUCUCCAGUAGCAAAUAGAUUUUGAAAAAAGAGCCUGCCACCACCACUGUAUUAUGGUCCUCUCCCAGUGCUGAUAAUAAAAUCUGUGUUUUGUGAACUUCCCAAGAGGAACUGCAUGUACCCAUGUGUGUGGGUCUGGCUCAGUCCUGGGGUCAGAAGUGGGGGCAGACGGUUCAGGCAGGCUCUUGGGUGCCAAUCCUCCAGAAAGCAAGGAUGGCUCAAGUCAGCCUUGCUCAGGCUCGGCCCCAGGUGACUUGGGAGGCCUAAGAGCUUCUAAGCUUUAUCCAUUUGAUCGCUAAACAGGAGAGACGCCUCUGCAGGACUUGCACAUAGGGAGGCUGGAGCCAGAGAGCCCUGGCCUUCUCUGGCCUGGUUCUGUCAGAGUGGGUGGGGACCACAUACCCUCACUGCAGGCUGCUCGUGGGCCCACAGGUUUACGGCUGAGGAUGCCCUGCCCCCCCCUCAGUCCUUCCUUCUAGCUUCUCUUGGCCUAGCACUGUCCCCCCAAACCCCAUAAAGCCUCACUCAUUGCUGAUUCCACCCCACCCUGCCUCCUUCAUCCCAACUCUGCAGGCUAGUAUCCAGGAUUGUGAGAGAAAACAGAAUAAAAUGGGGCCUGAAAUGA